CACACUCCCUAAACCAUCAAUUUUCAUGAAAAAACAAAAUUGAAUAAGGUUUUCGCACCAACGCUAUUUAUCUUACUUAAAUUACCUCCAUUUUUCCGCUCUCUGCAGUUCGUUACUCCAAAUAGUAACUUCGCCUGCCAUCCCUUUCAAGUUUUGAGAUUCUGAAGGAUGAGGGCAUCAAACGAAGCGUCUACCAGCACUGAGCUGGCGAGCACUUUAUUUCGAGGCCGGCCUGAGGUGGCACUUGAUUUAAUUGCUGCGGUCAAGGGACUGCAUGAGCUUAGUCCUCAACAGCUUGGCAAACUAAUCAGAGAUUCUGGGAACAAUGUGGUUAGGCACAUUGUCGAAGAUGGAUCGUGCAUACAGGUUGACUUGGAAAAAUUGGCAAGGAAUCUUCCUCUUCACCUUAUUGCAGUGAUUAUGGCUUGGGAAAGGGACAAAGCCACAUUAAAAUAUUUGCUGUAUGGAAUUCUUCUCUUGCAUUCCAUGUGUGAUCUUGCCUCUCGGGUGCCCAAAAUUGAACAGAUAUUGCUUGAUGAUGUGAAGAUAUCAGAACAACUGAUUGACCUGGUAUUUUAUCUGCUAGUUCUACUUGGUUCAUACAGACAGGAAUCUCACACCAUUCCCAGUGACAUGGUUCUUCUUCAUUCGGCUCUGGUAGCUUGCAGUCUAAAAUUGUUGACAGUCAUUGUUUCUCCACAGUACCAAGAGGUUGCUCAAGCAUUGACUGCAUAUUACAAGGUGGACAUAUUCAUAGAGGCAGCAUUUGCUGCUGUUUGUGUGGAUGUCAAGUUUCUGCAGAUCAAACUGUGUGCUCAACAGGAUGAUUCAUCUGGAAGUGCUUCCCCUACUGCUGAAGAGACCUUGAAUCACCUCUGCCAGCAGUGUGAUUCUUCUCUUCAAUUUCUACAGUCCCUGUGUCAGCAAAAGUUGUUCCGGGAAUGCGUUGUUAAGAACAAGGAGUUGUGUGGCAAUGGUGGCGUUCUUAUUCUGGUUCAGGCCGUCAUGAACUUAAAGUUAUCGGGCUCGGACAAUAUUUCCUCAUACAUGGCUGCUAUCUCACGCUUAAAAUCUAAAGCUUUAUCUAUUCUUUUGCACCUUUGUGAAGCUGAAAGUGUAUCCUACCUGGAUGAGGUGGCCAGCAACACAGCAACUCAGGAUAUGGCAAAGUCUGUUGGACUCGAGGUUCUUGCGUUGCUGAAAAAAAUGUUUGGUAUAGAUUCAAGACAGUUAAAUGCUCCCUCUGAGGCAAGCUACCAGAAGGGGCAACUGGAACUUAAUGCAAUGCGCUUGGCAGAUGUCUUCUCAGAUGAUUCAAAUUUUCGGUCAUUCAUCAUGAUAAACUUUAGGGAAGCUUUAGCAGCAAUCUUUCUACUCCCUCAUGGAGAAUUUGUAUCUGGCUGGUGCUCGUCUGACCUGCUAGUUUGUGAAGAGGAUGCACCAUUAGAUAUACCUCGGUCAUCUUAUGCUCAUCAGAGAACGUCUUUGUUGAUUAAAGUGAUUGCAAACCUUCAUUGCUUUGUUCCUGAUGUAUGCCAGGAUGAGAAGGAUCUAUUUCUAAACAAGUUCAUUCGGUUCAUACAGAAGGACUAUCAGAAACUGUCAGAUGGAUUCUUCUCUACUUCAGAAGCUGACAAAGUGUCCACAGUUAGCAAGAACUUAUGUUCACUGUUAAGUCAUGCAGAGUCUUUGGUUCCAGGAUUUUUGAAUGAAGAUGAUGUACAACUGCUGAGGUUAUUUAUAAGUCAGUUUGAGUCCCGGAUCGUUCGUGCUGCAUCUGAAGAUCAUUUAAUCCAUGAUGAGAAAAAUGCAGUUGUGCAUUCUUCACCCUUACACCGAGAAAUGAGUUCUGGUCAUGGCAAUAAUGUUGUCAACAUGGGAGAGGGUACACUGGAUCUUGGUUUCCAAGAAGUGGUUCAGUUUGAUGCCAACAGGAGAGGGGAGCAAUUUUUUGAUAGGAAGAACUCUGGGAUGAUGGAGCAGGAAAAAUCCAAUGGGCCUUCUAUAAAUUCGCGAGAAAAUGAGAAAGAUGGUCGAGCUUUUUAUAGUAGUGGGUCGGAUUCCAGUCCUACUCGAGGAAAGACCCCCAUUGAUCGCAUGGAUGUUGAUCAUAUCAAGGGAAGUAGCUUUGAUGAAACUGCUGAAGAAGAAAAGACUGAUCCUAUACAUUCUGAAGAGAAGCAGCAACGGAAACGCAAGAGAACUAUAAUGAAUGAUAAACAGAUAGCUCUUAUUGAAUCUGCACUUAUAGAUGAACCUGAUAUGCACCGCAAUGCAACCGCUCUACGGUUGUGGGCUGAUAAAUUGAGUAUUCAUGGCGCUGAGGUUACUACUUCAAGACUAAAAAAUUGGCUUAAUAACCGGAAAGCUAAGCUGGCACGUGCAGCCAAAGAUAUCCGUGUAUCAUAUGAUGGAGACACUGCUGACAGACUAGGAGGCUCUGGGCAUCUUGACUCACCGCGGAGCUCUAUGGAUGAUGCCCGUGUCUCACUUUCUGCAAGAGGGAGCAAUGGUGAUGAGGUUACAGAUGUUGCAGUGUCAGCUAAUGCUGAUGAAGACGUGGGGACAUCACAUGCUGCACCUAGGGAUAUUGCAACGCCAAGCCCGUCCUUUGAACCGGGGCAAUAUGUAAUGCUUGUGGACGAGAGAAGGGAGGAGAUUGGGAAGGGUGCAGUGUUUCAAGUUGGUGGACUUUGGUGUGGGAAUGACUUGGACCAAUCUGGCACGUGUGUUGUGGACAUCAAGAACCUCUCAGUCGAUAUAUUUUCCAAUGUUCUACACCCGGUGGAGGGCACACGCAGAUUUUGUCAGGCUGAGAAAAGAUUUGGUUUGAUGCGAGUCUUGUGGGAUAUAAACAAACUCUUUCUCUACUUUGAGUCCGGGGAACACGUGAUGCUUGUAGGCGACAAAGCAGAGGAGAUUGGGAAGGGCAAGGUUUUUCAAGUACGUGGGAAAUGGUGCGGGGAGGAUUUGGAGCAAUCUGGUAUGUGCGUAGUUGACAUCACGGAACUAUCAAUUGAGGCAUUUGCUGACCUUCCGCAUCCAGUGGAAGCCACGGGUAACAAGUUUUAUCAGGCUGGGGAAAGGCUUGGUGUGAUGAGAGUUCUGUGGGAUUCAGACAAACUCUUGCGGUUGCCAGCUCGGUGAUUCACACAGGCUCGGGCUCGAUGUUAAGGUUCACUUUGCUCGUCAAGUUCAGAAUUUGCAGGCAAGCAAAUGUAGAAUCCGUAUCUAUUGCUUGAUGGUUAGCAUGGAGAAUAUUUUUGCUGUUGUAAUUUACAAGUAAAUUCUGCUAUGAUUUUUCUCCAACUGCUGUUGACUUGCUCGUAGUAAAAAGUCAAUUUUGGUUUCUAAA